AACUUAAAAGCUCUGGUUUCUCUUUCUCUCUCCUCUCUAUUUCUCUCUCUUCAUGGACUUCCAUUAUCUGAAGCAAUGGAGAAACCAGGAUGAGUCAGAGGAACAACAACAUUCUACAAAGAUGCCAAAACUUCUCCCACCAGAAUCCCAUCAACAACAGCCACCAUCACCUGCCUCUGCUCUCCCCUUGUUUGUACCUGAACCCAACAGCAAAGUCACCUGCACCCUGUCAGAUUCAACACUUGCUCCUCAUACUACUACUACUACCACCAAAUUCCCCAGAAUGGGGAGUUACUUCAGCUUGUCACAGUGGCAGGAGCUUGAGUUGCAGGCUUUGAUAUUCAGGUACAUGUUGGCCGGUGCUGCUGUUCCCCCUGAGCUCCUUCAACCAAUCAAGAAAAGCCUCUUCCAUUCUUCUCCCUAUUUCCUUCACCACUCUCUCCAACACUAUCAACCUGCAGCUCUGUUGCAAUCAGGGUACUGGGGAAGAGCAUCAAUGAAUCCGGAGCCAGGGCGGUGCCGGAGGACUGACGGGAAGAAGUGGCGGUGCUCGAGGGACGUGGUGGCCGGUCAGAAGUACUGCGAGCGCCACAUGCAUAGAGGUCGAAACCGUUCAAGAAAGCCUGUGGAACUACCCACACCAACCACUGGUGGUGGAACUACUUUAGGCGUUGUUUCAUCAUCUUCUUGUAUCUCUUCACCGCCUCUUGCCACUGCCUCAUUGAAAUCCCCCUUUGAUCUCCUUCACCUUAAUAAUGAACGGUCCUCUGGGAGUGGAGGGACCAAGGAAGAAGAAAACAAGAGGGUGUUUGAAAAUCAAGAUAACCAUCAUCAUGUGGGUGGGGAUGGUGGCAGAUCAGGUGGGCACAUGCUGAGGCAUUUCUUUGAUGACUGGCCACGUUCACUGCAUCAGGACCCUGAAAACGCUGAAAACAAUGGUGGUGGUGGUGGGAGUGGGAGGAUGAACUCGGCCACAUCACUCUCAAUUUCAAUGCCUGGAAAUAAUGCUGCUUCUUCGGAUGUAUCACUAAAGUUGUCCACUGGGUAUGGGGAGGAUCCGUGUCCAAGAAAUGGGAAUGGGAAUGCAGAGGCAGAGCAACUGCAGUUGAGUUGGGCCGGAGGCUGGAGUUCGGGGAAUCAAGUGGCUUCAAUGGGAGGACCACUUGCUGAGGCACUCAGAUCAUCCACUUCCACUUCAUCUCCCACCAGUGUUCUGCAUCACUUGCCUCGUGCUGCUGCCUCUCAGACCAGCUUCAUUAGCACCUAGUUUUUAACUCAAUUGGUGCUCCCAUUUACUGUCUGGAUCUUUUUUUUUUCUUUUUUUUUCUGCUUGUUUAUUGGGUGGGAUUUUACUUUCCACUUUUGUGGCCAUUGUUGGACACUGGACAUGCUUGUAACACUUUUGAGUCAAUCCUAUGGAAUGCAUCUGUUGUUUCUAAGAAUAGGGGCAUGAAACCUACGUGGAGGGAGUUCAUAUCCCAUGCGACGUUUCCUCUAUUCAAGCCACUAUUUACGUAUAUUGAAGGUAAA